CAAGCAAAGCGAGCAGGAUAUUUGACUAUAGUAGUGUGGGUCUCCUCCAAGGGAAAGGAAGAACUCACAAACCGUGUUUUACACAAUUUUAAAUAAAAUCUACAAAAUUUACCCCCUUUGUGGGAAUCAAUUUCAGGUUGCACUUUGUUCUAAGGAAUGUCUGGAGUAAGGGACUUUGGACCUCGUCAAAGGAAUAAUUAUGGCGGAGGUGGCGGUGGCGGUCAAAGAACGAUGGGAAUGGACAAUAGACAAGGUCCUUUCGUUGCCUAUGUAGGAAAUCUCCCCCUCAAGGUGGUCCAAGGGGAUAUUGACAAACUCUUCUCUGGCCUCAAAACUCGGUCCAUCCGACUCGUAUAUGACAGGGAGACUGAGAGAUUUAAAGGAUUCUGUUACGUGGAAUUCGAAGACAGCGAAACAUUAGAAAAGGCUUUACAGUAUGACGGCUCCAUCAUUGAUGGACAACUUAUUAAAGUGGACAUUGCAGAGGGAAGAAAGAAUGACCGUGCUGGUGGUCAAAAUCAGGAUAGGUUUAGGGGUCGAGGAGGUGGCGGCGGCGGAAUGUCUCGAGGGGGACCUCCAUCCUACAAUAACCAAGGUGGGGGUGGAGGAGGGGGAGGGUAUAAUAGAGGGGGAGGAGGUUAUCCUAACCAAGCGCCCAUGCAUGAAGACCAAUAUGGGGGUUACAAUAACUACAGAGGAAACAGGGGAGGAGGAGGAGGUGGUGGAAUUGGUGGUGGAGGGUAUGGUCCAAGAGGAAGUGGUGGUGGGGGUGGAAGAACAGGAAAUAAUUAUGGUCACCCUCCUCAUGAUAGAAUAUCCAGGCCGUACAAUGAUGAACCCAGAGGAGGAGGAGGAGGCGGUGGUGGUGGUGGAGGACAAGGUUACCCUGCUCCACGUCCCCGACGAGAUUCUGAGAGAUCGAGGACAUCGGUUAGCGAGGAUUUUAAGGAACCCACCCCUGAGGAGCUAGCUGCACGCCCCAAACUAAAACUUCUUCCGAGAUCAGUCCCUGACCCCAUCAACGCUGUCGCGGCGGGGAGCCAGAGUUCAUCCAUUUUUGGUGGAGCGAGGCCCCGAGAGGAGAACUUGCAGAAGAAGGGUGACCCCCCCGUCCCCGUCUCUUCACCAGCCACCGCUGCCGCCACCACCUAAAACAGAAAGACUCUCCCACCACCCUGAGGAUGCUGCAUGUGAGGACGAAAAGUAGUUCAUCCUCCUCGGGGGGCUUGACUUUAUUUCCUGUAUGAAUUAUAAUUACAUUAUGCUACGCCCCAUCCCCCCCAUCCUUUUCUAUUUCUAGAAGAAUACGUUCAUAUACCUCAGAAAGAGAGGUGGAGAGGUAUUUCCUCUUUCUGCUGUAUUGUAGACAAAUUAAUUAAAUCACAAGAAGAAGACGAAGAUUGUGUAAUCUAUACGUUAGCAUAUGUGUAUGUAAGUAAGGACUAAUGUACAUAGUUAAAUUUUUGACUCUAGUAAUGACUUUGAUGAUGAAGCAGUUCUUAUAUGAUAUGCAUGCUGCAAACAAUACAUACUAAAUACUACUCUUAGGCAAGCCUCCAAACAGAUAUUUACAAUUAACUACAAAGUUUAUUAUCUACAUAUUAAAUAGAAGAUAUUCUCUUCGACUAUUGCCAGUUAAAUUAGCUAACUAUUACACACAGUCGUAGUAUUAGUAUGAAUAAUAACUCCCGUUGUGUUACACUGUUUACUAUUUAAAAAAAUCACGCGUACUAUAUAGAGACCAUAUAUGCAAUUACACUACUAAAUACUACUCCUACUCUACAAAAUGAUUCAUGGUUAUUUAAACUAGCGUCAACACACUGACUCAAGUUUUACAAUAAUGCAAUCGCGACAUGAGGGAAUUGUUCGUACAAAACAAAAAAACACACACACAGUUUUUUUAUGUCUUGGACAUUUACAAAACAAAAAAAGAUGAAUUUCAAAAUCCAAUAUCUGCUGCUGAGUGUUUGAAAAAGGUUUAAUAGAGUAUGUAAAAGAAAAAGCAAGAACUCAUCAGCAUCACCACCACCACCGCUCCAACCUCUAAAAAAAGUGGGGGUCAAUUAUUUACAUACUGUGAAAUGUAGUGGUGAUGAUGACGCUGCUGUUGAUGACCACGCAAGAAGAUCGACGUGUGUGUCGUUCGUGUGUAUGGUUGAUGAAUAUGCGCUGCUGAAUCAUCAAUUACGGCAUUAAAUUUUCCCAACAUUGUGAUAAUGUUACCUUUAUUAAUUUUUGCUACUACUGCUACUACUAUGAGUUCUUGUGUAAAUCUGCCUUUUGAGUUGUUUUUUGGGAUCAUAGGCAGCUAAAAAACCUUGAUCUACAUCUAAACUAUUUGCAUCAUUGCUUAUACAUGAGAGAGGAAAAAGGAGUUUUAUUCUUUCACGGCCAGAGACCCCUUAUUUCGCCACCGAUUAACCAAUUCAUCAUCAUCAUUGCUACUGUAUAAUUCGGAAAUGAAAAUACUAACCAGUGUCUAUCGUUUACUACUCGUCUUUUUAGUUUGUGGAAUAAUUCGAAUGAAGUGCAUGUACGAAUAAAUGUUAUUGGAAAUGAUGGAAA